UCGACACUCGACUCUACAACAUUCCAGGGCCCAGGCAAAUUAUUGUCUGGAAUUGAAAACAUUUAUUGUAGGUUUUAAUUCAGUUACUAUGGAGAGUUACGAAAAUAUAUACAGUUCAAUUUGUCGUUUAUGCUUAUCUUACAGUGACAGUAAAAAAAUGGUAUCCUUAAUUGAUGAUAACAGCCAAGACGGCCUGACACCCUAUGCUAAAGCAGUGUCAACAUUUGCUCAGAUUUGUAUAUCAAAGCAAGACGGUUUCCCCAGGAACAUGUGCUUUAGGUGUUUAUGUUUACUCAAACAGGCUAUCCAAUUCAAAUUGGUAACAGAAUCGAGUAAUAAUUGCCUAAAAAAAUUAAAGAAUUCCGUCGGUAGUAAUAGUGAAAAUUUAAAAGAAAACAUCAUCGAGUAUACAAUGUUAAAAUUCUAUUUUCCUAACGAAAGUUUUACAAAAACGCGUGAAUGUAUAAAGGAAAAAAAAGACUCUGUUAACCAUAUUAUGGAAAAAGAUAAUGAAGUAUUAGAUAUUCAAUUCAACAGUAAUACCAGCCCAGAUGAUAACAUUUUUGAUACCCCUGUCUUAGAAUCGGACACUGAACAGAAUGUAUCACAUCUUGAUGUCAAGGAUACAAUCAAUUUUGAGAACCUUAGUGGCUCUAACAUGCUCAAAUCCCAAACACCUAGUGCAGUACAAAAUGUGUUUACAAGAAAGAAUAAAAUUACAAAUAGAAAGCUACUUCUAGCAAGGCAAAAGAAGAGGAGACUGAAAAAGAACUUGGUUUGUAAUAUAUGUAACAGAGUUUUGGCAAACCAAUUUACACAUAAGUAUCAUAUGCAGAAGCAUUAUGGAUACAGAUACAUCUGUGAACAUUGCGGCAAAGGGUACCCUGUUUUUAAUGUGCUCCAAGCCCACCAACUAUUAAAACAUAGUACUGGCCCAUACCUUCAAUGUUCACACUGCCCUUUCAAGGCUCCUGGAAAAAUUGAAUUGACUGAACAUGAACGCAUACAUUCUGGUGAGCGUCCAUACACUUGUGAUAAGUGUGGAUUGACCUUCCGUAGACGAGCUAUAUGGAGGAAGCACUUGGUACAGCAUUCUGAAAAGAAAUUCCAGUGUCCUCAAUGCCCGAGGAAGUUCUUUCAAAGAAGUGAUAUGUUAGCACAUGCUAAUAACAUUCAUGACAGAGUAUAUGUGUAUUCGUGUAGUGAAUGUGGUGCUACAUACACUACUACUAAGACUGUGAGGAGGCAUAUGACAGAACGUCAUGGUAUUCCAAGGGAGAUGCAGGGAAAAAUUUUGAGGAUUAAUAAGAGGGCUUGUGAACAAGAAUAAUAAUAAGAAUAAAUCUAUCAUAGUGGAAAGAAAUAAUUAUGCAGCUUGUUUUAGAGAAUUUUUGUUUCAGUC